CCAAUUUACGACAACCACUAAAACAACGUGCGGCAAAACACAUGCGAUCGUGGGUUCUGAAAAUGGCAAUGAAAUAAACAAAUGACCGAAAACCUUUAUAUGUAGAACGUUCUGACUACAUAACUGCAGUUUCUUGAGGUUACGUUCAUACCAUGGAUUCAGAAUUUUAAGAAUUAUAUAGAGCGCCACUAACGUUUCAAUCCACGUUAACACGUCUGUUUUAAAGACACCAUGAAUCCAGUUCUACGGCAGAGAAUCCCCCCGAACAUUAGGACAUUAUUGACAGACAUCAGACCCCGAGAACAACAUCACUGCAGCGAAUGGACUGACGAAGAGCCUGGAACUAUUAUAAGAGGUGGGAUUGAGCUCCCAGCCCGAGGAAGCGUCAAUCAAGGUGAAUUCUUGACUCCGGCAACCGACGACGGGAAGGAAUGUGGGUCUUCUGAUAAUGCAUGUGUCGAGACACAGAGGCCUGUGUGCGGGCUGUGUUUAUCCCAACUUUCCUGCUACACCUGCCCACGUUGCAACGUACCCUACUGUAGCCUUGUGUGCUACAGAAGUACAAACCACUCGGUGUGUUCAGAGGAGUUCUACAAAGAGUCUGUGAUGCGGGAACUGAAGGCCACGAAUGAAACGGAGAGCGAGGGGAAGAGAAGGAUGCAAGAGAUUCUUCUGAAACUGAGACACGCUCCAGAUGGGGCCGAGGGAGUGGAAACGUGUGGGAUGAAGACGUGUGGGAUGAAGGAAACGGAAGAUGGCUGGGAUGAUGCUGAGGGGGAGGAUGAAGAAACCACACAGUCUCUAGAGCUUCUGUCAAGGUUAGCUGAGAUUCAGUCAACUGGUGACGGGAGUCCUGAAGAGAUUGAGGACAUUUUAGCCCGUCUAAAAGAGAUCGGUGAGCUGGGCGAAGAAGGGGCUGACGGAAACAGCAAUGAGGGAAGCGAGGAUGAAGAGAAGCUAGAUUUGGUCGACAGGCUAUCUGGGUUGGACAUCCAGACUGUAUCUGAGGAGGCCCUGUGGGAGCGCCUCACCAGCCAGGAGAAGGACCAGUUUCUGAGUCUGGUGAAGGGGGGGACGGUGGGUGUGCUGGUCCCCCUAUGGAAGCCAUGGUGGGAGGAACACGAGGAGGGCGAGCGGGGGGAAGCUCUGGUGGAGCUCCUGGAGGAGGAUUCAAGCGACCUGGAGGGAGGUGUUUCAGCCGUGGAGGGAAGGAGCUGUGCAGGAGAUGUAGAGGACACACAGAAACAGGAGAAGGUUUUGAACGAGCCAAAACGAAGGUCAGAAAGCCAAAAAGUCAAGUGGGCAGAUGAGCUGUCUGAGAGUGGAGGGCAGUUAGUGACUGAAGAUGGUGACGGCAAACAAAACGGCAAACAGAACGUUGUCAGCAGUGUCCUAAGAUCUAAACCAACAACUGGUGUGCCUCCUGUUAGCCUCCAAAUCCCUCCACUGAGUUCACUCUCCUCCAAUCCAUCCCCACUCGUUUGUUAUGGCCUGGUCAACGUCCUGUUCGGCUACACGUUCGCCCUCAGACUAUUCAACGGUGACUUGGAGCCGGAUGUAACUCAGGAGUUUUGCCAGACGAUCUUAGCUGUGUCUGAGUCUCUGAGCUCAGGCCGGGUAUUCAACUCGGUCCCGGAAGCCCUUGAGGGUGGACAGGCUGCCCUUCUAGCAGGGGGCUACUUUGACCAAGAGGACCCUGGGGCUGGAGACAGGGCAGUGAAGGCUGUGGCUCAUAUUAUGAGUGGGAGGAGUAGCCAGGACACUUUGGGAUACUGCCUGGCAGCUUUGAGCCAGCUCAGCUCAGCCCUGUCUCAGGCCAGGGCAGCCCUGCCCAAGAGAGGGGGAGACGGGGACACUAGACGGAAGUAUUUCCUGGCCAUGAAGAAGUGUGAAUUUUUUCAAGCUUGGGUGUCUGAAAAUGGCCAGCCGCUGUGUAAACUGGCUGCGGAGUUGUGGCGAGAGCAGAGGAAGAGGGAGGGUGGAAGGAAAGCUUUGGAAGGAGAGAAGAAGAGAGUAGAAGAGAGUUGGAAAAAAGGAAGAGGGAAGGGUGUGUUGAUCAAAGAAAUAAAUUAAAGGUUUUCAUUGUGACACUUUUUUAUUAAUUUGU